AUGCCGUACCAAGGACACUGCAUGUGCCACAACAUUCAGGUGACCCUGGAAGAACGACCAGAAAACACAUUGCGAUGUCACUGUCGUAAUUGCGCCAGAUCUGGCGGUGGAUCAUCCCUCAACUACACAGUCGAUGAACCCGACGUGACAAUCGACGAUCCACAGUCAUUCCUGAAAGACUAUGAGGAUAAUGAAACCACCAGCGGGAAUUGUGCUCUGCGGCAAUUUUGUAGUAAUUGUGGAAGCCCCAUCGUUGCCCGGAGCCGAUUUCCCGGGAAAACUUUAGUCAAGGCUUCUUUGUUUGAUGAGAUAUCGCGCCCUGUCAUAGAGGCGUAUACGGACAGGAAGCAGAAAUGGUUGGAAGCUGUUGAGGGGGCGGAGCAGACUUGA